UUUCCUAUCCCCCCCAGUACGAUUGUGUUUUGAUUUCGAUUCAUCUCGCGAGAGUCCCAAUCCGGAUCGAAGCCGGUAAAUUUCAGCGUGAAAUCCUCCAGAAAAGAGGCAGGAACCGACUGAACACGAUGUCCCUGUUCCCACAACCGCGCUGGCUUCGGCGAUGGAUCCGUCGCCGGAUGAAUCCCCUGCCGGUGGAUCGGGCCGCCCAGUGGAAAGGACGGAUCAGCAUCCUGUACAGCAUUGUGGCCUGGAACGCGCUCGGUUGGGUCGGCUACAUGAUCUACACCGGGCGGAACGAUUGGGCCAAGUACUAUGGCUACAAAACGGAUGAGGAAGCAUCGAUGCCGCAAGCAAUCCGAUUCGCCAAGCAGCUUAACGUACCCAAUGCCCACGUGAUGAAGUUCAGCGGCCUAUCCAAAACAGACGAAUACGAGCUGAAGGACAAUGAAGUGGUUCGCACGGACGGUCAACCCAAGGAGGUUUCGGAAUGAGUUAGUUUAGGGUGCGUUAUGGUAUCCUUUUUGUAGAUAUUUUUUUAUAAACCCAGUUAUAAUAUAUUGAUAUUGAUCAAAUUAAUGGUCAAUGCUUGAUCAUCGUUAUCGUCGUCGUCAUCAUCACUUCAAAAGCAGUUUUUGAUCUUAAAAAUUAGAAAAACGAAUAAUAAUAAGCGUAUGGGCUCAUUCAUUUAUUUUGUAACGCUGAAAUUCACCAUUUUGGAUACCCACGCACCCCCUUAUAACACUUUUUGUAUGAAUACUAUUCAAUUUUUGUGUAGGCCGUGGCAUCUUUAGGACACCCACUCACCUCCUUUAGCGUUAUGAAAUUUGUGAAUGGGCCCUUAUUUCUUCUGGUUCAAUAGAGAAGGGCGAACACAUUUUUGAUGAAAUUUAAUAAAAAGCUGCUUUUAAUGUCC